CCUUGCAGAUCAGUCAUAUCUUGACGCUCAGUUCGGCACCAUGUCGUCGCCCAAGUUCCUCCUGAUACUCGUCGCGCUGUCCGCGGUCGCGGCCAGUUCCGCGAAAUAUUCUGGAUAUGUUGUGAUCCGCGCGACGCCAACGUCUCAACAACAUCUCGCCAUCCUCCGUCAACUGGACACCACCGGGCUGUACGACUUCUGGGCCGGACCGUUCAAAAUUGUUGGACAGAGUUGUGACAUUAUGGUCUCCCCGAAGCAGAAGGGAGAUGUCGUCGCUACUUUGAAGGCAGCCAGGAUGUCGCAUUUCGUCAUGAUUGAUGACGUCGAGAUAUUACUCCAAGAUGAACGAAACCGUUUGGACGCUAAGCAGUCAGGAAACAUGACCUGGACCGAAUAUCACAGAAUGGACACGAUCUACGCCUGGAUGGACGGCCUCGUCGCCGCGAACCCAAAUCUCGUCUCUAUCGAAACUUACGGCUCAUCAAAUCAAGGCAAACCCUUAAAAGUCCUUAAAGUUUCGACCGGAGGAUCUAACAAACCCGCAUUCUGGAUCGACUCGGCCAUCCACGCCAGGGAAUGGAUUUCCCCCGCUGUCAACACCUACAUCAUGAACGAUCUAAUCCACAACAUCAAUCAUGCCAAUCUUCGAGCCGGGAUAGAUUUCUAUUUUGCCCCCUUGAUCAACCCCGACGGGUACGAGUACACCUUCACGACGGACCGGAUGUGGCGUAAGAGCAGGUCGACAAACGUCGGCAGCGCCUGCAUCGGGACGGACGUCAACCGAAAUUUCGGCUUCAAAUGGGGCGUCGACAAUGACGGAUCGAGUCCAAACCCGUGCACGGAGACGCAUCGUGGCGCUGACGCCUACUCAGAACCGGAAGCUGAUCAUGUCAACAAUUAUAUCAGCGGGAAGGCCAAUUCCACCAAUUGGACCGCUUUUAUCACGCUGCAUUCAUAUUCACAGCUGUGGAUGAGUCCGUACGGCUGGUCGGAUCAAGCAGCUGAUCUUCCAGCUGAUUUGGCCGAAUUGGUGGCUGUAUCGAAUCAGUGUGUCGCCGCGUUGACGGCGGUGCAUGGGACGCAAUACCAGACUGGAGCGGCGAGUCAGAUUUUGUACAAGUCCAACGGUUCCAGCCGAGAUUGGGCUAAAGGUGACGGAGGCUUCAAAUGGGUUUACACCAUCGAGUUACGAGACACCGGGCGCUACGGGUUUGUCCUCCCGCCAGAGCAGAUUCUCCCCACGGCGCAAGAAACCUGGGCGGGAGUUCAAGUCUUGGCGAGACACAUCCUCACCAAAUAAACAGAAUACAUACAUGCAAAUCAUAUGCAAAUUAAUUGAUUGUAAAGAAUUACUUAAAUUCUGUCGGCACCAUUUCUUACUAGUAAUAAAUAAUUUCAUGCAAUA